GACAGCCAUCGUCGUCAACAUCCCGACCGCACCGACAACAGAAACCAUGGCGUCCAACCCACGGUCCGCGUCCGCCAUGGGCGCCCACGAGAAGACGUACUUUGAGCAGCAGCGCGAAGCCCUCAUUGGCGAGAUUGCCAUGAGCUUCGAGCACGUCCUAGCAAACAUCAACAAGUUGAACCGGUCACUGGAGGCUGUCAUUGCGGUCGGCAACGAGUUCUCGUCGGUCGAGGCGCUGUGGUCGCAGUUCGAGACCGUCAUGGACAAGGAUGGCGAGGGCGAAGGAGAAACAGUGAAGCAGGGGGAGCAACAUGGGCAGCACGAGGGCGGGAAGCACGAGGAGGCCUGAUGGGACGAACUGAACGGAACUGAACUGGAUUGAUUGAUACCCAAUGGCUGCGAAGGUGCACGAAAACGCUACUGCUCGCUCAGGUCGAGAUGUGGAUAUAUACAAGCGCGCAUGGUUCUUCUAGAGGAAAUCCCUUACACGCUUCACAAAGGGGUGACGUGACAUGCUAUGCGUGGCAGCUUGGACUUCACGGCAGAGGAGACAACUUGGCAAUGGCUUUGAAGAUGUUUUGUAUGUCCUAUCCCAACCCAAUGACUCAACGGAAUCAUGAUACAAACAGAAAAAUGAAAUAAGAACAAGA